CUUCCCCGCAGCAUCAAUGCUCCCUCGUUCGGCCGUUGCUCUGCGAGAGAGAGAGAGGAGAGAUGUCGGGGUGGGAUGAAGGGGCGGUGUUCUACAGCGACCAGGCGCAGUUCCCUCGUGGCGGCGGAGACCCCGAUCAGGGCUCCAUCACACGUCACACUGCCCUCCGCAAGUUUAAGGAAUUCCUCCGUGGUUUUCAUGGCCAAAAAGGCGACUUCCCCUACCGGGAGAGCCUCGUCCACAAUCCCGACCAUCUUACAGUGGCUAUGGAGGACCUUGACGACUUCGACACUGUUCUCUCAGACAAGAUACGCAAGCUCCCUGCCGAUUAUCUUCCCCUGUUUGAAGCUGCCGCCGCCGAGGUACUUGCUAGUCUGAGAUUAAAGGUCGCCACAGAGGGGGGCGAAAUGGAGGAACCAGCCGUGGGAGAAGUUCAGAUCUUUCUCUCUUCCAAGGAGAGUUCGACAUCUAUGAGAUCAAUUGGGUCUGAGUCAAUGUCAAGGCUUGUUAAGAUAGCUGGGAUUACGAUUGCUGCUUCUAGAGUAAAAGCCAAGGCUACGUACGUGACACUGAUGUGUAAGAAUUGCAAAACCCUAAAGACGGUGCCUUGUCGUCCGGGGCUUGGUGGGGCGAUUGUUCCCCGUUCCUGUGACCAUGUACCUCAGGCUGGUGAAGAACCUUGUCCUUUGGACCCUUGGAUAGUCGCACCAGACAAGAGCAAAUAUGUUGAUCUCCAGACCCUUAAACUGCAGGAGAAUCCCGAGGAUGUCCCUACUGGAGAACUUCCAAGAAACAUGCUUCUCUCGGUGGAUAGGCAUCAUGUUCAAACUAUUGCACCUGGCACAAGGUUGACGGUCAUAGGCAUUUAUAGUGUCUUCCAAUCAUCUGCAGUCCAGAAGGGGGGUGUUGGAGUUAAACAAGCUUAUAUUAGAGUGGUUGGACUGGAACAAACCAGUGGAGCAAAUUCUAAUGGUCCAUCAAACUUCACUUUAGAUGAGGAGCUAGAAUUUAAAGAAUUUGCGCAGAGGCCUGAUGCAUAUGCCAAGUUAUGUUCAUUGAUUGCUCCAUCAAUAUAUGGCCAUGUUGAUGUCAAGAAAGCUCUGGCUUGUUUGCUAUUUGGGGGUUCAAGGAAGAGGCUCCCAGACGGUGUUCGAUUAAGAGGAGAUGUCCAUGUGCUGUUAUUGGGUGAUCCUUCAACUGCAAAAUCACAGUUUCUAAAAUUUGUGGAGAAAACUGCUCCAGUAGCUGUUUAUACUUCAGGAAAAGGUUCAUCUGCUGCUGGUCUAACCGCAUCAGUGAUUCGUGAUAGUAGCUCUCGUGAAUUUUAUUUGGAAGGUGGUGCCAUGGUUUUAGCAGAUGGCGGUGUAGUCUGUAUUGAUGAAUUUGACAAAAUGAGGCCUGAAGAUAGAGUUGCAAUUCACGAAGCCAUGGAACAGCAAACUAUUUCUAUUGCUAAAGCAGGAAUAACCACAGUACUCAAUUCCAGAACAUCAGUGCUUGCUGCUGCUAAUCCUCCAUCUGGACGGUAUGAUGAUCUCAAAAGCACACAGGAUAAUAUUGAUUUGCAGACAACCAUUCUCUCUAGAUUUGAUCUUAUCUUCAUUGUGAAAGAUGUCAGAAUGUAUGAGCAAGAUAAGAAAAUUGCAAGUCAUAUUAUCAAAGUGCACGCAAGUGGUGCUACAACCACUAAAAGUACUGAUGUUGCAGAAGGGGAAAAUUGGCUCAAGCGGUACAUUGAGUAUUGCCGGGUCACAUGUGAACCACGACUAUCAGAAAAGGCUGCUGAAUUUUUACAACAUAAGUAUGUGGAAAUCAGACAGAGAAUGAGACAACAGGCUCAUGAUACAGGAAAACCUUCUGCAAUUCCAAUUACUGUCAGGCAGUUUGAAGCAAUCAUACGUUUGAGUGAAUCUCUUGCAAAGAUGAGGCUGGCUUCUGUCGCUACUGAAGAACAUGUGAAAGAGGCAUUCAGGUUGUUUGAAGUUUCCACGAUGGAUGCUGCUCGUUCUGGAAUAAAUGAGCAUUUAAAUUUAUCCCCUGAGAUGGCCAAUGAAAUCAAGCAAGCUGAGACACAAAUAAAGAGAAGAAUGGGAAUUGGAACCCGCAUAUCUGAAAGGCGUCUCAUAGACGAUCUUACUAGAAUGGGCCUGAAUGAAUCCAUUGUGAGGAGGGCUCUUUUGAUAAUGCAUCAAAGAGAGGAGGUAGAGUAUAAGAGGGAGCAUCGAGUCAUAGUGCGGAAAGCAUGAUGAACAAUUCACUGACAUCCCAGUGUUUUAGGGUGCUGACCAACUUUAUUUUUAUAGAACACAUUGCAAUGUGGUCAGUCUCCUUAAUCCGAUUGUUUAUGUGUGACUUAGAGUCAACUUCGAGUGUUGGUGCUGAAGUGCUAAAGUGCUGAAUGUCCCACAGGAGGGUGAGGAUAGUGAACUUUAUUGUAGUUUGUAUUUGGCUUUCCUAUCUGUAAUGUGAUUGUUCAGGGUCGACA